CCAUGUCUCGUAGCGUCCUGUUGCUGCAUCGCGCUGCCUGCCUCCUGCUGCUGCUGACGACCUGCCUCGCUGUGGAGGAGAGAGAAAGAGGGUGUUGGAGUUGAGAGAGGGGAGGAGAGAGAAAGAGGGUAUAGAAAUCAAAUCCGACACGGCAGCCGUGUCCAAACCCCACUCCGCCGUUAUCUUCUUGUAGCAAUUCGCCCAUGAACGCAUUCCCCUCGCCCUCGAGCUUUGCGGGUCGUGUUAAUGUUCUUCGUGCUCUUCUCCUUGUUCCUUUCUCCCCGCGCCUGCCGCUGCGCCUCUCCUUGUCGCCUCCUCCGCCCCCACGCUUCUCCUUGUUCCUUGCUGCUUCUGCAUGGGCAUGGCCUCCUCCUUCCUUGUUAUUAAUAACGCCCGCUGCUCUUUCUUCCUCCCCAAUUCCCUUCCGCGCUUUCUGCUGCCGUUGUAAGGGGCCAUGGUGAGGAAGCGCCUCGCCUCCGAGCUCAACUUCCCGACCCACUCCUCCUCCUCGUCCUCCUCCCGCCGCGCCGCCCCCAGCCCGCCGCCUUCGCUUUUGUUCCAUCCCCCUGUCGAUUUGUCGGCGGGGAGUGGUGGCGGUGCGCCGCUUUUGCCGGCUCCGUCCGCUUCUUCUCUUCCUCUUUGUGUCUUCUCAGGCCUGCCUCUGUUCGAGCCGGAAGCUGCAGCCGGCGCCUCCGAGGAUGCUCCUUUCGUCGUCGUUGAUGACGCCGCCGCCGCGGUGGCGGGCGCCGAUUGGGUCGAUGGCAUUGUUCGUGAGAUAAUUAGUAGCUCCGCUGCUGGCGGCGAGGUCUCCAUUCCGCAGAUCGUGAGCAGCGUACGUGAGAUUGUCCGCCCGUGUAACCCUGCUUUGGCCGCGCUCCUUGAGUUCCGGCUCCGCUCGCUCGCCUCUGAGCCGACGACGGCGCUUCACGCUGGAGGACCCCCGCCUGAACGCUCCGACAAGCGGCGGAGAGAGAACAGGGGGUCAGUCAUUCCGGAAGUACCGCCGCCGCCGCCGACGAAACGGCCACAGCUACCUCCUCCACGGCCGCUGCUGCAGUCUCAGCCUCAGCGGAGUUCGGCCUCUGCCUCCUCCGACGAGGCAGCCGCCGGCAAAGAGCAGAGGAAGGAGCUGCUGCAGCAGAGGAAUCCGGACGCGGAGGGGCUCCACCUGUUGACGCUGCUCCUCCAGUGCGCCGAGGCGGUAGCCGGUGACAACCUCGACGACGCCCACCACCUCCUGCUGGAAAUAUCCGAACUCUCCACGCCCUACGGCACGUCGGCGCAGCGCGUGGCCGCCUACUUCUCCGAAGCCAUGUCCGCCCGCCUCGUCAGCUCGUGCCUCGGCCUCUACGCGCCGCUCCCGGCGUCGGCUGCGCCGCCGCACCGUCACCGCCUCCUCGCCUCCGCCUUCCAGGUUUUCAACGGUAUCAGCCCCUUCGUCAAGUUUUCCCACUUCACCGCCAACCAAGCCAUCCAAGAGGCGUUCGAGCGCGAGGACCGCGUCCACAUCAUCGACUUCGACAUUAUGCAGGGCCUGCAGUGGCCGGGCCUCUUCCACAUCCUCGCCUCCCGCCCCGGCGGCCCGCCGCAGGUGCGCCUUACCGGCGUUGGCGCCUCCCUCGACGCCCUCGAGGCCACCGGCAAGCGCCUCUCCGACUUCGCCGACACCCUCGGCCUCCCCUUCGAGUUCGUCCCCGUAGCCGAGAAGAUCGGCAACCUCGACCCCGCCCGCCUCGGCGUGUCAUCCCACCGCGAGGCCGUCGCAGUCCACUGGCUCCGCCACUCCCUCUACGACGUCUCCGGCUCCGACAACAACACGCUCUGGCUUCUCCAGCGGUUGUCGCCGAAGGUGGUGACGAUGGUGGAGCAGGACCUGAGCCAGGCGGGUUCGUUCCUGGCGCGGUUCGUGGAGGCGAUCCACUACUACUCCGCCCUGUUCGACUCCCUCGGCGCCAGCUACGGCGAGGACAGCCCGGAGCGGCACGUGGUGGAGCAACAGCUGCUGUCGCGGGAGAUCCGCAACGUGCUGGCCGUCGGCGGCCCGGCGCGCUCCGGCGAGGUCAGGUUCGGGAACUGGCGGGAGAAGCUGCGGCAGUCGGGGUUCCACGGGGUCUCCCUCGCCGGCAGCGCCGCGGCGCAGGCCACCCUCCUCCUCGGCAUGUUCCCCUCCGACGGGUACACCCUGGUGGAGGAGAACGGCACGCUGAAGCUGGGCUGGAAGGACCUCUGCUUGCUCACCGCCUCCGCCUGGAGGCCGCUCGCCCCCCACCACCGCCAUUACCCGCUUCCGCCAGCCACCGCCGCCGGCCUCGUAGGAACUAGUUAAUCACCAGAAACGGCCAUCGUGUAGUCUGAGAGAACACACUAUCAACGUCAUUUUCUUCUUCUCCUUUAAAAUUCUCCCCCAAAAAUUUCAACGGAAGCGCCGCCGCCGGCACGAGCGCGUGGACCGAGCUGGGCCUGGGCCAGGAGUAGCGACCGGCAGCGCUUUAUUCAUUUCUUCCGAAUGAGACGUCGUUUUCUUGUGGCUGACCAAGAUGGGAAAAGGGUAGCAGCCUCUGAGCCUGCCAUGUGUCUAGUUCUUAUUGGAAUGCGUGCUCUCAUUCCUCUUCAUCUUCUUCCCAUGUACCAUGUGGAUCAUGAAUGAGAUUUUGAUAUUUUAGGGUUAGUCUUAA